AUGGCCUUGAACCUCGAGAAGCAGCUCACCUUCUAUGGGAGCUACCACCACAAUCCCGUGAACAUUGGUGUUCACAUCACCUGCGUGCCUCUGAUUAUGAUGACGGCAUUCCUGUUUCUCUCAAACACCCCCGCUGUCGCUCUUCCCGAUGCGCUGUCGAUUCCGAACCUCCCGCUGAACGCCGGGACCGCCUUUGCGACGCUCUAUUCCAUCCUCUACGUUCUCAUGGAACCAGUCGCCGGUGGCCUUCUCGCGCCCCUGAUAUUCGCCGGCACUGCGGCUGCCCAGCACCUCCUGGCAACGUACGGCGCCACCGCCAACUACUAUGCCAUCGGACUCCAUGUCGUCGCAUGGAUUGCGCAGUUUGUCGGCCACGGGAAGUUCGAGGGUCGUGCUCCCGCGCUGCUCGACAACAUCGUCCAGGCGCUUUUCCUGGCACCUUUCUUUGUCUGGCUCGAGGUGCUGUUCCACUUCGGCUACCGUCCGGAGCUCAAGAGCCGGAUCGACAAGGCUGUUGAGCAGAACAUCAAGAAGUUCAAGGACGAGAAUGCGAAGAAAGCAGCAAACGGAAAUGCGAACGGGAAGGCGCAUUAA